CUUGCCCGACACACAAUCGGCAGUUCUUUGUACUUUUGUUUAUUGUCUCGGAGUCUUCUUUCAAAUCUUUUGAACUGCCAUCGACCUUCAUUUGGGGUCCAAGUAUUUUGAACAGAAAUGAAUACCAGUGGCUGCAGAUGGGUCAAGAGGAGUUGGGUUGACGACGAUGAUGAAGUUUCAUUCGUUCAAGCUUUCAAACGACCAAGGAUCGAAGAAAGCUCCGUCAAACUACAAAAUGAGAGCUACACCAUCGCCUGGAUUUGCGCCCUCUCCAUCGAAAUGGCCGCUGCCAAUGCAAUGCUCGACGGAGUUCAUCCAAGCUUGCCGUCAAACGAGAAGGAUUCCAAUUCUUACAUAUUGGGGAAUGUUGGUCGGCACAAUAUUGUAGUGGCGUGUCUCCCAGCAGACCACUAUGGCACAAACUCUGCGGCAAUCGUGGCCAACAACUUGAUCCGCACAUUUCCCUCUAUUCGCACCGGCUUGAUGGUUGGAAUCGGCGGUGGAGUUCCUGGUAGUGUCGAUGUGCGACUUGGUGAUGUCGUCGUCGGUUACAAUGUGGUGCAGCACGACCUUUGUAAAAUCAUCCAAGGCUCUCGAGUCUAUCGACCGGAACACCAAAAAGCCCUCCUUCUAGCCUCUUGGCCGCUGUCUCUAAACUGAGAGCGAUUCACGAGUCCGAUUCAAGCAGAGUUCCGGAAUUUCUUCAACAAAUGAUCAUAAAGCAUCCGAAAAUGACCAAAUAUACUUGUCCGAGCUCAGCACAAGACCGACUCUUUCUCGCUACCUACUCUCACAGCCCAGAAAGAGCU